ACAUCUGAGAGUUUUAAGACUUCUUCAAACAAUAGCUCACAAAUCUGCACAGAACGUUCUUUCCAUUUUAAUGACUACUAAAAAUAACUCACUCGGUCCAGCUGGGUUCAGCCAUCAGCUGUAAUUAUUCUAGAUAAGUUUCGUUUGUUUGAUGCCCCCACAGAUUUAAUGAGGAUGUUGAUAUUUAUCAAUAAUUACACCGAAAUGAAAGCAAAUGGAAACUAAUUUAGAAUGUGAAUAUGGUGAUUAAGAUGUCGAAAGUCAGGUAACAAUUAACCAAAAUCAGAUAUUCAAACAGUCAAAAGACAAACAGCUUCUCAGAUUUAAUGUGCUGUGGUGAAUAAUGUAUUUUGUGUUUAAUUUAUGAAGGGAGGGGAUGGCAGAAGGAGAGAUCGACUCCGCCGGAUGAGGAGCAGAGAGUUUUCCAGGUCGCAGAGUGGCGAUCCUCCCGACACAGAGAGCAGAAAUGCUGAGAGCGAAAAAGAUAACGAGAGAGCAAGAAAAAGCGAGGAUGAUUCUAGGAAUGUAUCUGAUGAAGAAGACAAAGGCAAAGAGAAGAAAAGGGAGGAGGAGAAGAGAGAAAGAGAGAGAACAGGUAAUAAGACAGAAAGUGGAAAAGAGCUUUCUAUGAAAGAAAGAGGAAGCAGCAAAACUCUAGACCUCAUAUCUAAACUGCAAGAGAAAAAAGAAUAUAAGAAAGAAAGAGGGAGGAAUGAGAUGAAAAAAGCAAGUGAAAACUCCAAAAUACGAGGGUUUGUCUCCAAACUGCAAGGGGAUAAAGACACUGAAGACCUAAAAGUAAAAGACAAUGAGGCAGAAGUCAAGAAACAAUAUGAAAGCAGAAAUAAAACCAUAGAAGAACCGAAGAACAACAGAGCAGGAGGAAGAAUAAACCUGUUAGAAACAGAGGAGAAGAAAAGCAGAUUUAGAAAUAUAGAAGAAAGAUGCAGAAGAAGAGAGAGAGAAGAGGAGGAUGAGAAACUUCACUCACAGAGAAAUACAACCAGAGCACAGAAAGAGAGUGAAGAAGAAAAAGUGAAACAAUCAGAAAACAACGAGGUGAAAAUAUCUACCAUUUCCACCUAUAACAGCUCAUUGAACUCUCAUGGCGUGGAUGACCGUUCUGGUACUACUGAGGAGGAUGAGUCUUUUAGCGAAGAUUUGGACAGUGACACUGGCUUCAGCAUGUUUGAUGACCUUCUGGAGCAGGUUCGCAGCGAUGACCCUGAACUAACAGAGAUCAUCGUCAAUAAUUCAGACACCAUUAAGACAGACACCCUGAUACAGUUUGCAGAAGGUCUUCGCAGCAACACUCACAUCAGAACCUUCUGCCUUGCAAACACGAGAGCGGAUGAUCAUGUCGCGUUCGCCAUCGCUGCAACCCUACGAAAUAAUUCAACCCUCACCAGCAUCAACCUCGACUCGAAUCAUUUGACAGGCAAAGGCAUCCUGGCCAUUAUCAACUCUCUUCAGCACAACAGCACGCUUAUGGAGCUGAGGUUUCAUAACCAGAGACACAUUUGCGGAGGGAAGACUGAAAUGGAGAUGGCCAAAGUCUUACGUCACAACUCUUCACUGCUGAAGCUGGGAUACCACUUUGAGUUGGCUGGGCCCAGGAUGGCCAUGACGAACAUCUUGAGCCGGAACAUGGACAGGAAGAGGCAGCAACGACUAGAAGCACAAAAACUUGCCAGACAGGAGUCCGACUCCACCCCAUGUGAAGAUAAGAGUUCACCUGAGAAGAAUAAGCCAACAACUUCGCCCAUCAACACUCAAAAGAAAGACUCUAAAUUUGCUUCCCAUUCAAAAUUCACUUGUUCUCAGGAAACUCCCAAAGCUCCGCCCACAAAGCUACUGUCUAGACACCUACCAUCAGAGGUAACAGGAAAGAAAGAAGGGCCAAAAGGAAGUCGACAAGCUCCUCCUCCUCCACCCCCUCCCGGCCCAGCAUUAGAUGUUCAGGCCCUGAGGAGGUUGCUGACCCCGAUCUCUCAGAGGAAACCAGACAGCAGUGCAGCUGUCCAACAGACGGACAGGAGCUCCAGAGAUCAGCUGCUGGACUCGAUCAGAAACAGCAGCAUGAACGCUCUCAAAAAGGUUGAGAUCCCUAAGUGGUUGAGAUAGUAUCUGUCCAGUGUACGUGCUUCUACCUUCAGAUUCCCCUGCAGUCCUCCAGUGACCCGUCAUCAUGGAGGAGUCACUGAAUCCUCAAGUUGAGAUUCCUCCUUAACUGGUUCAGACACUCCAAAAUACAGCCAGUUUGGAUUAUUCGAUAUCUAAACACUUGAGGUGGGAGACUUUGCUAUCUGAGUGUGAUUUUUUCAGGACUGACGGCUAAGCAGUCAACAUUCAAUCUUUGUGGGGCAUCUGUUGGUGUUUAAGGACCCUCAGAGAAAGAUUUGUCAAAUAAAUUAGAUACAUUCAGACUAUUGGUUUUGGCAUGCUUACAAUAUUCUUAAAUACUAAUAUAUAAUAAAGUACUAAUCCUUACUCUGUCUAGAAUGCAAUAUGCUAAAUAAACCUCUAAAUAUUCUCAGAAACCCCACAAGUAUGAUCUUCUGUCAUGUUAUGUGUUUGUAAAUUGAGGAACCUUCUUACAUAAGAUCUAUAAACUAUUCUGAUUAUGAAUGUGGUAUUGAGUUUAACUUCAUGUUAAAUCUUUUUAUGGCCAAGGAUUUUUUUCUGGACUUUUGGAGUUUUUAGUUUGGGCUUCUGUAUUAAAAUAUAUUCACUCCUGUUAAAAAAUUAUUUUAUUAUUAUUUUGUUCAUCAUGGUUUCAUUACAAAUGCUAUUCAUCAAACUGUUCAUCAAACAACCCUCCAUUUGUAUCAGUGACAGCUGUGCACACAAUAUACAUUCUAGUAUUGAGUUUAUUAAAAUAUUGAGGUGAAGGUUCAUCCCAUGCAUUCUGCAGCAUAUUUUGAUAAAUUAUAUACUGCCUCAUUAAAUGUAAAUAUUAAUUAAUUUAAAACCAUAAAUCGAUGAUAGUGUACAAUACAAGGAGGGAAAUUAGAACAAUUAGAACAACCCACUUCCUCUCACAUCUGCAGAAUUUACCACAUCCAUGGGCAGCAUUUAUUGAUAAAUAACUAAUAUAUAAUUUAGAUAUCACUUGAAAAAUUUUGCAUUAGCAAAUAUGACCUACCUGAGAUCUCUGUAUAUGUAAUCUUAACUGAUGUGUAUUAGACGUUUUGUCUGUAUUGCAUUGGACUUUAUGAAGCAUUGCAUUGGAUUUUAUGAAUUUUAGCUGGAUGACAAAUUGGUAAAUUAACCUCCACAAAUGAUUCCUGGUAUUGAUUAAAUUUGAUUUUUAAAAAGGGAACAGAGGAUCGAAUGCUCAGACUAUAAACUCUGAACUCUUUUGUUGUUUUCCCUGCAAUGAAUGUGAUGUAAUUAAAAUGUGAAGUGUUUAUUUUGUGGUUAAAGAAGACAGACCUAACUGUUGUCUCUGUACCACAGUAUCAUAUAACAGGAGCAAUUCAUGUAUCCCACCUACAGGUGGCAGAGGGAUCAAAAAUACCCAAACGCAAAGCAGACACUAGAUGAAAUGUGGACUACCCUUUGUCGAAGUAAUUCAUGGUCAUUUCUCUGUAGAAGAAAACUGAAGACAUGGUAUAUACUGUAUGUAGAUAUUGCUGUAAAACAAAAAUAGCUGUGACGAAGAGAAAUAGGAACAUAAAGCAUAAUUCACAGCAGAGAAAUUAAAUGACUUAGUAAAUAUAUUUUAGGGCAGAUUGAUGUUCAUGGAAAUUCACAGCCCGUUUUUAUUAGAAGAAGAAAACAGAGAUAUUAACAGCUGAAACACUGUUUCCAUCUUUUGUCUUUGCAUAAUCACAUAUGUCCUUGCAAAUGCAUCAGUGACAAAAAGUGUCAACUCCACUUCUGUUCGGCUUCAUUUCCUUCCUGAGCCGAAGACUGCUAUUGUGUUUGCCCUUGCAGCCAUGUCAGUUACAGCUAAACGGUCAUUGGUUCCUUCUUUUGUAUGUUAGUCGCGCUCUCUCUCUCUCUCUCUCUCUCCCUCCUUUCUUUUUUUCUCAAAAGCACUGUUCUUCUAGUAACUGAUUGAACUAACAAGUGAGAGACAGUAUACAGAUUUUAUCGUGUUAUGAUUUUAUGCUGUAUUUUGUUAUAAAGAGGAUAUCUUGCUUAAAGAGGAUGUGAUAAAUUAGGGAGAAUGAAAGUCCAUCUAAAGAUUCUCUCUGUUUUUGUAGUUUUGACCGGUGUGUUGAUGAAGUCUGGAAAUGUUUAUGAGGGAACAGUGGGUGGAACGGUGGAGAUCAGAUGUCCAUAUCUAGAUGACUAUAAAUUUACACCCAAGUACUUUUGUCGUGAUCCCUGUAAAUAUGUUUUGAUUAAAAGUGCAAAGCCUGAUCAGGUCAUCUCAGAUGGAAGAUACUCUUUAAUUAAUAUUGUGAAUGGACUGUUCUUUUCUGUAACCAUCAAACAUCUCAGACUCACUGACUCUGGUGUUUAUUACUGUGGAAUUGAUCAAUGGUUCAGUGAUACACUGAAUAAAGUUAAUCUGUCUGUCCGUCCAGCAGCUCCUGUGAACAGAUCUACACACAACCCUGAAAACCCACACAUAACAUAUAUAUGGACAACAACACUAACCUCUACAGGUACAAGUUCAUCCAUUCAGCAAUUACCAUCAACAGUCCAUUCGCCAGGUUCCACUCCUCCCGUCAACAGCACUGUUGAUGUCACUGUGGUUUGUACAGGUGUAUUGUCAUUCCUGGUUUUCUGGAUCCUUGUGGCUUUAGUGGUUAUUUACAGGAGAAGAUCAGAUGCAAAGUCCAGAUAUACAGCUCAAGAUCCACCAGACUUCAACCAGGCUGUGGAAGAUGGCUGUUACCUCUGUGAAGAAACAAUAGUAGUGUAUUGUUUGGAUGAUCCACCUAAAGAAGACAGUUUUUCUCUAAUCCAUUCAACUGUAUAUUACUGUGAUCGCAUGACUCAGAAACAAAGUCAUUCUGGAAAAUAUACAGUUUCUGUAACAAGUCAAUAAAAAAAGCAAAUGGUUUGCAGAGUAACUUUAGCCAUCCAUCAGUCUGAUGGCCAAAUGAAAGUCAGUUCACCAUUUCCUGGGUGGCAGAUUGGUUGCUCUGCUGCAUUCAAAUUUAACUCUGUUGCAGAGCAUUUGUGGUGUAUGUGGUCAAAGAAUAGAACAUUUAGCAAAUUAUAGUGUCUUGUCAGUUGCAAACAAACUAAGGAACUGUGCCCUAUAUAAUUAUCUGUGUGCUCAUAGCCUAUUUUACUGUGGUCAAAUAUUAUAGCCUAUAUGUUGAAUAUUUAUGAGCACUAAAUUUACAGUUUGGUGAUAAAUCUAUAAAGCUUUUAAUUUACUUGGCAGAACAAAGUAAAAUUUUAUCUAAUAGCUGAAGGGCCC